GGGCGGGGCUUCCAGCCGGGGCCCCGCGCUGCCGGGGGCGUGUCCUGUGGCGUAGGCGGUGACGCGGCCGAAGCCCCGCCCCGUACCCUUGAGCCGGCGGCAGAAGAUGGCGGCGGCUUCGACCCUUGCUCGUUGGAUCGUCCGGUCAGGUGUGCUGCCCCUCAGCCGCCGGCCCCCGGCGUGGGGCAGAGCAGCCCGGCAGCCCCCUGGCCUCCCACUCGCCCUGGCACGGGCCUUCAGCAACAACAAGAUCCUGGUGGAGCUGGACGAGAGCUCAGGUGUCGCCACAAUGAAGUUCAAGAGCCCCCCGGUCAACAGCCUCAGCCUGGACUUCCUCACCGAGUUCUGCAUAAGCUUGGAGAAGCUGGAGAACAACCGGGCCUGCCGGGGCGUGAUCUUGACAUCUGCCAUCCCCAAAAUUUUCUCAUCUGGCCUGGACAUCACUGAGAUGUGCGGCAAGAGCACAGAGCACUACGCCGAGUUCUGGAGAGCUGUGCAGGAGAUGUGGCUCCGGGUCUACGGCUGCAACAUGGUGAUGAUUGCCGCAGUCAAUGGGUCCAGCCCGGCGGGAGGCUGUCUCAUUGCCUUGUCCUGUGACUACAGGAUCAUGGUGGACAACCCCAAAUUCAGCAUCGGCCUGAACGAAACCCAGCUGGGCAUUGUGGCUCCCUUCUGGUUUAAGGACACAUUUGUGAAUGUUGUGGGACAGCGAAUUGCUGAACGCUCCCUCCAGCUGGGUGCCCUCCACCCCGCACCCGAGGCCCUCAAGCUUGGCGUUGUGGAUGAGCUGGUGCCAGAGGAGAAGCUCCAGGAGAGGGCUGCGGCUGUCAUGGCGCAGUGGCUGGCCCUGCCCGACCAUGCCCGUCAGAUCACCAAGUCCAUGAUGAGGAAGACGGUGCUGGACCGCCUGAUAUCUCACCGGGAGGAAGACAUUCAGCACUUCAUCAGCUUCACCUCAAAAGAGUCCAUCCAGAAGUCACUUCGCAUGUACAUGGAGAUGCUGAGGAAGAAGAGUGGCUGAGGAGCCAGCCCUCCAGGGCCUGGUCCAAGGAGCUCAAGUGACCCUCCAAAACGCUGCAGCAGCUGUAUGCUUUCACAGUGAAGCUGUCUGCAGUGUCAGCAAUUGGUGAUGUGCUGCCUUCUCCUGUGGCCACCUCAAGCGCCCCUUCCCCUUAGUCCCCACAGAGUGCCUGACACCACUGCUGCCUUCCUGGGAGCGGGGAGAGCUGCCUGCUCGCUGCCCGAGGAAUGGACAGGGAGAGCAUCUUGAUGCUGCUGCGGCCUAAGCCCUCCGGUCCUUGGAUAUCCUCCCUCCUGUCCAACAGCUAAUUGUGAAAUGAGAUUUCUCAAUAAAUUCUUGAUUAUGUAA